UGCUGCAGGCGGAUUGGCGGCGAGCAGCUCCCGGGCUCCGGCGUCGUCCCCGCGACCACCGCUCCUUUGUAUCCCGAGGCCGCAGCCCGGGCACCGCGAGGAGGGCUCGGCGGGCAGCUCGCUCCCCUGCGUGGCGGACUCCCGGCGGGGGGACACGUGCUGGGCCCGGUCACCGCGGGGCGGAGGCGGAGCCGGGGCGGAGGCGCGGCGACCAGGGGCGGCGACCGGGGAUCCGCAGCGCUGCCCGCGCCCCCGCUGGCCGCCCGCGCCGGGCCGGCUCUGCUCUGCUCUGCGUCGGCAGCACCGCGGUGCAGGCGCGCGAGGGCCGCGGCCGGGGAUGAGCUGCCUGCGGUGAGAGGCCGCCCUGCCAGCCGCGAUCAUGUCCAUCCACAUCGUGGCGCUGGGGAACGAGGGCGACACGUUCCACCAGGAUAACCGGCCGUCGGGGCUCAUCCGCACCUACCUGGGGAGAAGCCCGCUGGUUUCGGGGGACGAGAGCAGCUUGUUGCUGAACGCGGCCAGCACGGUCGCGCGCCCGGUGUUCACCGAGUACCAGGCCAGUGCGUUCGGGAACGUCAAGCUGGUGGUGCACGACUGUCCCGUCUGGGACAUUUUUGACAGUGAUUGGUAUACCUCCCGAAACCUAAUUGGGGGUGCUGACAUCGUUGUGAUAAAAUACAAUGUAAAUGACAAGUUUUCAUUUCACGAAGUAAAGGAUAAUUAUAUCCCAGUGAUUAAAAGAGCAUCAAACUCAGUUCCAGUGAUCAUUGCAGCUGUGGGGACCAGGCAACAUGAAGAAUUACCUUGUACAUGCCCACUGUGUACCUCAGACCGAGGGAGCUGUGUUAGUACCACAGAAGGGAUCCAACUUGCCAAAGAACUGGGAGCUACCUACCUGGAGCUGCACAGCCUUGAUGACUUCUACAUCGGAAAGUAUUUCGGAGGAGUGUUGGAGUAUUUUAUGAUUCAAGCCUUAAAUCAGAAGACAAGCGAAAAAAUGAGGAAAAGGAAAAUGACCAACUCCUUUCACGGAAUUAGACCGCCUCAACUUGAACAGCCAGAAAAGAUGCCAGUCUUGAAAGCCGAAGCAUCGCACUACCACUCCGACUUGAACAACUUGCUGUCCUGCUGCCAGUGUGUGGAUGUGGUGUUUUACCACCCGGAAGUGACGGGCAUCGCGCAGGCCCACAAGAUUGUCCUCUGCGCUGUGAGCCAUGUUUUCAUGCUGCUGUUCAAUGUGAAGAGUCCUACCGACAUUCAGGAUUCCAGCAUCGUCCGAAUGACCCAGGACCUCUUCGCCAUCAACAGAGAUGCUGUGCUUCCAGGUGCUAGCCAGGAAUCUUGCAGCAACCCGCCGCUGCGAGUCAUCGUGAAGGACGCGCUCUUCUGCUCGUGUUUGUCCGAUAUUCUGCGCUUCAUUUAUUCAGGUGCUUUUCAGUGGGAAGAGCUGGAAGCAGACAUCAGGAGGAAGCUGAACGACUCAGGGGAUGUUUCCGAUGUAAUCGAGAAAGUGAAAUGCCUUUUAAAAACACCAGGAAAGAUCAAUUGCCUGAGGAAUUGCAAGACCUACCAAGCCAGAAAGCCUCUGUGGUUCUAUAAUACAUCACUCAAGUUUUUCCUCAAUAAACCAAUGCUUGCUGAUGUUGUCUUCGAAAUACAAGGAACAGCUGUGCCAGCCCACAGGGCCAUCUUGGUGGCACGGUGUGAGGUGAUGGCAGCCAUGUUUAAUGGUAAUUACAUGGAAGCCAAGAGUGUCCUGAUUCCAGUGUACGGCGUUUCCAAAGAGACGUUCUUGUCGUUUUUAGAAUACUUAUACACAGACUCUUGUUGCCCAGCUGGCAUUUUCCAGGCCAUGUGUCUCCUCAUCUGUGCUGAGAUGUACCAGGUCUCCAGACUGCAGCACAUCUGUGAACUGUUCAUCAUCACACAGCUGCAGAGCAUGCCCAGCAGGGAGCUGGCGUCCAUGAACCUUGACAUUGUGGAUCUGCUCAAAAAGGCCAAGUUUCACCACUCUGAUUGCCUUUCAACGUGGCUGCUUCACUUCAUCGCCACCAACUACCUCAUAUUCAGCCAGAAGCCUGAAUUUCAAGACCUUUCAGUGGAAGAACGAAGUUUUGUUGAAAAGCACAGAUGGCCGUCAAACAUGUACUUGAAGCAGUUGGCAGAGUACAGGAAGUACAUCCACUCCCGGAAAUGUCGCUGUGUAGUCAUGUGACCUGAGCUUUUGUGUAUAGACAUACUUUCUUACUGUUAUGAAGAAUGGGUACCUCUGGGUUCCAGUAAAAUUCUUAUAAUUGAAUCAGUAUGGUAUUUUAAAAACACCAUAUGGCUUCUUACUAGCUAGCUUUGAAGGCUGCGGAGGUCUUAAAAGGGAGCACAGACUUUAAUGCUUCGCCCAGAACAUAAAACUCCUGGACAGUGGCUUCUCCUCUAGGUUGCUCCAUUGCUUUAAUAGCAUCAAACCUCUCCUCAUUAAGAGAUGUUUAAUUUUAAAAAUAUCAUCUAGGAUAAAUACAAAAAUUUCAUCAUGUCUGACUGAUUGCCCUGCUAAAAUAAGGGCCAUUUAAAAGCCAAGUGUAACUGUGAAUUUCGGGGAGCUCUGUCCAGUGCAGCGUGAAGUUUUAGGAAAAGGAAUUUGCCGUCCGUCAGUCACACACCAGCUGGUUCCAGUUCAGUAGGCAUGCUUGAAUCGAUGUAAUGAAGAACAGCUGCUUGCUGGCCGGCCACAAACCCAGUCAGGGCGAGCAGUAACUGCUGCGCAACCUUCUGGAUUCUGCAGCUCCCACACUUAGAAAGGUCUGGCACUUGUUUAGGCUCUGCUAGUACAUUGUUAAAUUCCUAAAAAUGUUUGAAAGAAGGGUCCCAUAUUUUCACUUUGCACUGGCUCCCCAAAAUUUUUAUUGAGGGAAAAUGCUGUUUCUCUCUCUUCUCUCUCUCUCUCUCUCUCUCUCUCUCUCUCUCUCUCUCUCUCCAGGGUUUCUCUGUGUAACAGCCCUGGCUGUCCUAGAACUUGCUUUGUAGACUAGGCUGGCCUUGAACCUACAGAAAUCUGCCUGCCUCUGCCUCUGGAGUGCUGAGAUUAAAGGCAUAUGCCACCAUGCCUGGCUGAAAAAAAUGCCUUUUUUUUAAAUUUUAUUUUACUGAAUUAUUUUUUCACUUAUUUUACAUAUCAACCACAUUUUCCUCUCCUUCCUAACCUCCUGCUCCCUCCCCAUCCACUCCUCUGUCUCCCUUCAGAAAGGGGCAGGCCACCCGUGGGCUUUAACAAAGAAAACAUGGCCAUCAAGUUGAGGUAGGACUGGGCUCCUUGUCUGCAUCAAGGCUACAUGAGAUAAUUAAAAUGCUUUUUUCUUAUUCAAACCUCACUUCAAAGAGUGCGCAGCAGAGGAGUUGUGGACGCUGGGAGAGCAGAGUGGAGAGGCCCCCUUUGGGAAGCUUGCUCUGCCUUCUGGCAGGAAGAAAUGCUUUGGGCUGACUUUGGGACCCUAACUUACUUCUAGCUCUAUCCCAGAACAAUACUUUCUUGAUCAAUAUGUAAAGCCAGGAAGUUGAUAAGAGUGAGUGAGUAGCCUGACAAAAUAAAGUUUUAGAGAUAAUCACAGGAAAAAAUGCCUUCUAGAGACUUAGGUACAAAAGCAGAAGUAUUCUUUCUUUUAAAUGUAUCUGUUAAGAUUAGGAUGCCAGUGGCUUGAAUUGAGUUCUUUCCAGGGACUGAAAGACCAUCUGGUAUGAAAUAGCAAAGCCACCUAAGAAGGUUAAAAAAAAAAAAAAAAAAAAAGGAUGUGUGUUUGCAGAAAUGAUUCUGCAAGAUGCGUACAGCUUGGGCAUGGAAAAUACAGAUUGCUGUGCAGUGCUAACAUCAUGGCAUCUGUAAUUUAGUGCUGGGCUCUAUUGUCCUAAUUUCCAGUGGUUUUAGUAUGCAUAUUUUUCCAACUUUCCAAAAGUUUGAUUCAGCAGUCUCACCCUGUAGUGUUAGGGUGGCAUCCAGAAGACCCUCUUAUGCAUACCAAUACUGUUAGAGUAAGGGGAAAGAGCUUCUGGAGCUAGAUCCCCGAGAAAGCUCAUUUUAAUUGUGCUGUGUCAGUGAAGAUUAUUGGAAUGCAUUUUGGUUUUUGCAUUUUAAGUUACGCAUAUAUUAGCAAGUCCCACUUGGUGGCUUAGCAUUGUAAAGAACAGUUAAUGUAGCCGUACCUAGAAGGUCCUUUGCGAUUGUAGAUCCAAUGGUAGCCCUUUAAUACUUGAACACAUAUACUCACCCUCUGUGCUAAUCACAGCAAUUAAAAUUCUAAAAUCUUAGGAAAUUGAAAAAUAGGAGUUGCGAAACAAAGCAUUUUCUCGGAAAUACUAAGUUAAUAUUUACCUAAGGUGCUCUCCUGAGUGGGAGCUGAAUUUGGAAACGGGUGGUCUCGAGUGUUUUUUCUGGAGGUUUUCCCACUACCUGUGACAAUGACUGGGGCAGAAUAGAAGUGAAUUCUUAAGCACAUUUGAAUACAGACCCCUCAGUACUAUGGAAUUCACCCAAUUGAAAGUAACGAGAAGUUUCAAAUACUUAAAAUGAUCAUGGCUAAAUUCAUGCUGGCUUUCAGGGUUGUUUUCCAAUCAAAGGAUUAUUUCUAAAUGGCUGUAUGCAAAUUUUCUGCUUCAAUAUAUUUACCACACAUUUUAGUUGGAGGAUACUGUGUAGUAGAAAUAAGGCCCCUUCUUUCAGGGCCAGGUUUGCAUCAUACUAAGCAUCCCUUGUAUGCUGCUGGCUACUUCCCUGUUCUACCACAGGGGACUAGAUUCUCAUAGAGAGCACUGGCUGGUGACUGAAGCCCACCCCUGUGCAAGCCGUACUGGGGCUUCCUCAGGAUCCUGGAAGACUGAGGAAUCAGAUGGAUUUGACUUCCAAGAUGGCCAAAUUUUCAACUGCAAUUUUACAAAUGAUACUACACUGAUAUAACCAAUUAGGUUUAAUAUGUCUUCAAUAAUUAUUUUAUUUAAAGCAUCUUGUUUAAUUCAACUUUUAAUCAGAUUUUGCAAAGGGUAUGUAUGUAUUUUAAUAUAG